CGCUGUGCUCGCGUGACAUUGUCACAGCGUUAAGAAUCCCCAAUACUCCGAUAUGGCAGGGUCCGAGGUCUUGAAAACUCUGCUCUAUACAAUCAAUACAUUACUCCAGCAGGAAAAAUACAAAGCUGCUCUUGCUGUGCUUAAAGGAUUCAGGAAUGGCGCCGUGUACGGUGCUAAGAUCCGGGCUCCACACGCACUGGUGAUGACCUUUCUUUUUCGAAGUGGCAGCCUUCAAUCCAAGCUGAAAGCUAUAGCCCAGGCCACAUAUACACACUCAAGGAACCUAGCCUACUUUGUAUUUUCAUAUAAAGGACUAUUGGCACUUCAGAAGUACAUUCAGGGAAAGAGUCUUCAGUCUCACUCAUUCUUGGCUGCUUGUCUUGGAGGUUGGCUGGUAUUUGGGGACAAUAACCACAUCAACAGCCAGAUAAAUAUGUACUUGCUAUCUAGAAUUCUGUUUGCCUUGUGUCAACUGGCUGUGGAAAAGGGCUACAUCCCCAAGCCCAAAAGUGACCCCUUCCCACUGUUUGCCAUGCUGGUGUGGGGCAUAGUUCUCUGGCUAUUUGAGUACCAUCCUCACACCCUGCAGCCCUCACUUCAGUCCUCUAUGAACUACCUCUACCACGACAGCAAUACAUGGCACGACCUCUCUGAUUUUCUCAUAUACAACAAACCACGGAUUUAAGCUUGUUGAGCAUUCUUCUCUAUUAAACCACAACUAGUGAUGAUGGUGAGAUAAUAGUUUGAGUCGAUCAUCAGUGACUGUUCUAGGUUAUGACUUUUUAUUAUUAUUAUUUUUUGGUAAACGAUGGCCAUAAAAUCUGCACUUUUACAUAAUUUACUACAUAAUGUAGUCCUAAUUUUAAGUGAACAUAUGAUAACCUCUGAUUUUGUACUUUUUGCACAUUUGUAAUUUGGUGUUCAAAAAGAGAACUUUAUUUCAUAAUUGGUAAAAUGAAUAACAAACACAAUUUGAACUCUUAAUUGUUUGUUAAAUUAGUUAUUAACUGAAUGUGUUAUAAAUAAAUGUAUUGCUUUUUGAUUUAGGGGAAUGUGGAAAGUCCUAUUUGAACUUUAUAUCUUUUGCAGCAGUGGCUGCAAGCAAACAGUUUCUAAACUUAUCGGUCAGUCCAUGACACUGUCCAAUCGCUCAUGCAUAAUUAUUUUUAAUUUCUGACCAUUACGGGUAUCAAAGUAUUAACAGAUUUCAGUUCUUGCUGUAACAGCUCAGCACUGUGGACCAACUUAAUCGUUUAUGCUGACACAUGCUCUGAUAUUUUCCAUUUUUUCUUUUGGGAGUUUUGUGAGAUUAUAGUGAGAUAUAGUAUCUAUUUCAUGGAUAUUCAGCUAAAAUGUUUGAAGGUCCGGCAGAUUCUUUGCUUAAAAAAGGUACCGACCCUUGUCAAAAAAUCCUAAAGGAUUUCAAAAGAAACUUUUAUACAGGACUAUAAUUAGAAUUCUAAUUACAGUCAUAUUUUGGAAGCAUUCCUAAAAGAUUCCUAUAGUAAUUGUCUUAUAGGACAAGACAUACAGUGAGGGGAGACAAGUAUUGACAUUUUUUUCAGUAUAUUUCUAAUGAGGCUAUUCACAUGAAAUUUUCAUCAGACAUCAGUAUUAACUCAAGAAAUCCAGAAAUAUAAAGAAUUCACAUCAUUAAAGUCCAUAAAUGAAGUUAUGUGUAAUAAAGUAGAAUGACACAGGAAAAAAGUAUCGAACACGCUAAGAAAAAGCAGUUUUCCAAGGCAAGGUAAGUAAUUAUACCUCAUAUCUGUGCACAUUAAUAUCAGCUGGGUUAGUAAAUUGAUGGUCUAUAAAAAAAGGCUUUUUGUUACGAAGGUGUCACACAAGAAACAUCUCAUGAUGGGUAAAAGCAAAAAGCUCAUCAAAACCUUCGCGACCUUAUUGUUGCAAAACAUAUUGAUGGAAUCGGAUACAGACGUAUUUCAAAACUUCUCAAUAUUCCAGUAAGCUCCAUUGGGCCCAUUAUCCGCAAAUGGAAUCAACAUCACUCUGUCAUCAACCAGCCACGCACCGGAGCUCCUCGCAAGAGUUCUGACCAGGGAGUCAGAAGAAUAGUCAGAAGAGUAGCCCAAGAGUGAAGGACCACUCGGAAAGAGCUCCAGAAACACUUGGCGGCAGCAGGUGCCAUCGUCACAGAGAAAAUAAUGGGCAAUACACUCCACUGCUCACACUCACCCCGCAGGACUACUAAUGAAGAAAAGGCAUGUCGAAGCUCGUUUAAAGUUUGCUACAACUCAUUUGGACAAAUCUAUGAAAUACUGGGAGACUGUAGUCUGGUCGGAUGAGAGCAAAAUUGAACUUUUUGGCUGUCAUACUACACACCAUGUUUGGAGAAGAAAUGGCACUGCACAUCACCCUUAAAGCACUAUACCAACAGUGAAGUGUGGGGGUGGAAACAUCAUGGUGUGGGGCUGUUUUUCCAUCACAUGGUACUGGCAGACUUCAUAUAAUUGAAGGAACGAUGAAUGGAGUCCUUUACCGGGAGAUUCUAGAUAAGAAUCUGCUGCCAUCCACCAGGAUGAUGAAGAUGAGACGUGGGUGGACAUUCCAGCAGGACAACGAUCCAAAGCAUACAGCAAAGGACAUUCUCAAUUGGUUUCAGAGAAAAAAAAUCAAGGCGUUAGAAUGGCCCAGUCAGUCACCUGACUUGAAUCCAAUUGAACAAGUUUUAAAGAAAAUAUGUUUAGAAGAAUGGGUCAAAAUGGGCUACUACAAACAAAUGCUUCUCACUAAGUAUUUAAAAAAAAUUCGGUUAGCAUGUCCAAUACUUUUUUCCUGUGUCAUUCCUCUUUAUUACACACAACUUUAUGGACACUUUUUAAAAAUAUAUAUAUAGAGAGAGAAAAUACUCUGUUAUUAAAUAAGAUCUUUUAGGAUUUUUAAACUCCCAAAGCACACUCUGUAAUCUACUAUAAUUUUCCAAUAAAAAGGCAUUUUUUCUAAUAAAAUACAAGUAGAUUUCCAAUAAUAUUCUAAAAAUCAAAUAAGAUCCUACAGGAUAAGCUGAAAUUCCAAUAGGAAUUUUGACAAGGGGAUAUGCAGAUUACACAAAUGAUAACAUUUAAUGCUUAACCAUUAAUGAUUAGUUCAUUACUAAUGGUUGUUUUGUUUUGUUUUGUAGUAAUGUUUCACAUGACCACAUUUCAGUAGUACUAAAGACUCUGAGGAAAUGAGGCAUUAUUUUGAUCUUGACGCAGAGAAUAAACACACAAUUCUCUGUCCA